AAUAAGCUGGUUCGAAACGCGCUGUUGCGAAUGUAAGUUAUUAGAUAUUCACGUGAUUUCACUAUGACAACAACGUACUCAAAGAUGGAGUACACAGGUAGUUCGUACACUGGUGAUCACAAAAAUGGCAGGUUGGAAGGCAAAGGAAACUAUACAUUUCCCACAGAAACUCAUUAUGAGGGGGAACUAAAAGAUGGCAUGUUCCAUGGAAAAGGCACAUUGUUCUUUCCUAAUGGGAGCAAAUAUGAGGCACUGUGGGAAAAUGGAAUUGCCAAGGAGGGUAAAUACACUUUUGCUGAUGGGUUGCCAUAUGAAGAAGAUAACUGGGAGUAUUGUGAUGGAUAUGAUCGAAGAUUUUAUACUGAGAUCAAGAAUGGCUUACAACCAGCAGGCAGAUCACAGUUAACCAACAGAGUUCCCCCUAGAGAAAUACCAGAGGGUUGCUAUGAUUGUGGGGAUGGAUUUUACGACCCAAACUCCAGAGUUGUUGUGGAUUAUAAUAAGAAGUUUUUAAGAAAUGCAGAUGAUGACGAGCAUGCCUGGAUCGUAAAGAUGUGCAGAAAAGGUUGGGACGAAUACGUAGGAAUCAAACCUGUAGCAACAGCAAUGUCUUAGUUGAAGCCGUUUUUUGAUAUUAGUGAACAGGUGGAUAUGAAUUAACUAUUAUUGUCAUAGUGUAUAUUUAUAUUUGUGAAUGUUUCUUUAUAAGGUAAAAAUCAUGUUCUUUGCAUCUUUUUUUGUUUUAAAUUGUCAUUUUAUGAACAAGACAAAUAAAGAACACACAGUUUA